CCCGCCUUCCCUCGCAACCUUUUUUUUGUGUGUGUGUGUCUUUCACUUGACAGAAGACUCGAUUGCAGCACUUUGCACUUGUCUUCUCCCCACAGCCGCGCGUGUUUCAAUCAUGCCCCCGUCCCUCGCGUAAACCCACUCGGCGUGUUUGUCGUCUUUCCUCCGAAUCGACUUUUUUUUUAUUUUUUUUUUGGUCUUUCCCUUCUUGUCUCGUCUUUCCGCCGCCAAAUGUGUUCGCCGCUGUUCUUGGGGCAUCUGCUCGGGGUUCCCGUCGAAAGCGCGGACCGCGACACGACCCGCACGAAGAUCUUCGUGGGCGGCUUGCCGUACCACUCCGACGACGCCUCGCUUCUGAAAUAUUUCCGGAGUUUCGGGGACGUCGUCGAGGCGGUGGUGAUCACCGACAAAAACACGGGCAAGUCCAGAGGAUACGGCUUUGUGACCAUGGCCGACAGCGCCGCGGCGGAGCAGGCGUGCAAGGACGCGAGCCCCAUCAUCGACGGCAGAAAGGCCAACGUCAACCUGGCGUACUUGGGAGCCAAGCCGCGGAGCUCGCCGACAGGUCUCGCCGCCGCGGUUCAAGUCCAGCAAGUCCACCCCGCGUGGGCUCAGCGGCACUACGGGCUGGCUCAUCCUUGCGUGUACCCUCCAGCGUUCCUGCAGCCCGGCCUGGUGCUGCAGUCCGGCGUCGCCCAGCCCUACUUCCCUCCUUCGGGAUUGGACGAGUACCCCUACAGCCCGUCGCCACUGCCGUACCUCAGCUACGGCUUCUCGCCAGGAACGUCAGCGCCCGCUUUGGUCACAUCCCAGACUCCGCCCGGCGCCGCCCAUUCGCCUCUGGCCAUGUUCUCCGCGUUGCCCGCCGUCCCGCAGGUCGCGCUCCCGAACCUUGUGUACCAGCUCCACCGCUCGCAGUGAGCGCCCAACGCCGACCGGCCGAUACGAAAGCGACGCCAUGAGUGUGAUGUCAUAAAAAAAAGGGCUUUUUGAAAGCACUCCAGACUUUUGUACCUGUGUUGUAAUAGUUUAUAAAAAUGUUAUUACUACCGUUUCUUUAUACAACCUGAAUGUUGGUAUAAGUCAGUGAGUGGAAUAAAAGAGCCCAGAACCGCUUGGAGAACACGUAAGGGGGAAGGAAAAUGAGACCUAUUUGAAAUGAUCCUGCAGUAGACUAUUUCACUGUCCUCAUCGUACACAUUUUACUUCCUGCCUUCAGGUGAUAUCGAAUUUCUUUACAUUUAAAUGAUGCAAAUGUUAUAGUUUGAAAGGAGAGUCGAGCACGUACGUCAGGGUCCGGCGCGAGCUCCUCUUGCAGCUCGUUAUUCCAAUCGGAGUUAUGUUUUCUUUACAUUUCCAGCCGAUUCUUCGGCGAAGCUGGAUCGGCGCCCCUCGUUCAUGUUGAACCGCCUUUGUCACGAUAAAAAGCCGUGCGGAACUUUUAGUAAGAAUAUGCAAAAUAAAAGCGGUGUUUCCUAC